GCUCGCCCCGACGCCGGGCCCGCUGCGGGCCGGCGAGCGCUGGUGGUGCAGGCCCAGGCGGCGCGGCCGCGGCGGUUCUUGAAAUCAUGAAUCCUGUGUAUAGCCCUGGCUCUUCUGGAGUUCCCUACGCAAAUGCCAAAGGAAUUGGUUAUCCAGGUGAUGACAUCAGAUUGUUCUGUUUUCCUGCAGCUGGCUUCCCCAUGGGCUAUGCAGCAGCUGCUCCUGCAUACUCUCCCAACAUGUACCCCGGAGCAAACCCAACUUUCCAAACAGGUUACACUCCUGGCACACCUUAUAAAGUGUCCUGCUCCCCGACCAGCGGGGCGGUGCCGCCAUAUUCCUCCUCUCCCAACCCCUACCAGACCGCCGUCUACCCCGUGCGAAGUGCCUAUCCCCAGCAGAGCCCGUACGCACAGCAAGGCACGUACUACACACAGCCCCUUUACGCCGCACCCCCCCACGUCAUCCACCACACCACGGUGGUGCAGCCCAACGGCAUGCCAGCGACAGUGUACCCUGCGCCCAUCCCUCCGCCUCGAGGCAGUGGGGUCACCAUGGGCAUGGUUGCCGGGACCACGAUGGCCAUGUCAGCUGGUACCUUGCUGACUGCCCAUUCCCCCACUCCCGUCGCUCCUCACCCGGUCACUGUGCCCACAUACCGGGCCCCAGGAACACCCACCUACAGCUACGUGCCCCCUCAGUGGUGAUCACUCUGCAAAUGUUUGAAGAUGGAGCUGUGCAGUCACAUCACGGAGGUUCCAAGCUGGUGCUGCAGGCCUCGUGCCUCCAACCAGGACUCUUCUUAAUGCUCUCGACACUUAGCUAAGCACUACUACGCCCGCCUGGCAGGCCCCAGCGCCGUUAGUCUCCAGCUCACUCUGGGUUGGUCUUAAAGCAAAUCCUGUUUUGUGGGCUGCCUGGCAAUUUUUUUUAGCUAACUAUAAUGAUAAAAAGGGAGUAUUAAUCUACUCUGAAUCAUAUCUAGUUGAAUGCAUGUUUAAAAAACACACAAAAACAAAGCUUGCUCAAUCUACCUGCAGUGACUGAUGCAAAACCAUCAUAUGCAAAAUCCAAAGGAAUGGAAAAGUAUUUUACAACUUGUAUCACUAAUACACUGUUGUAAUGUA